GAGAAUGAUUUAGUGAGACGGUCUUCAGGAUUAGUAAAUCUGCACCUACGAUUCUACAUUAAAUCAAAUUCAUCCCACAUGGAAACCACCAUCAGAUCAUUCUCCCCAUUGCAAGCCCUUCAAUUGACCUUCUUGGUAACCCAAGAACAAGCCUGGACCAUUCCUUGGAGGAGGAAGAUGAAGAACGGAUACUUAACGGUGGAAGUUGGCCUCCAGAAGGAAGGAGGAGGUGGUGGGUUGCAGAAGCUCACGAUGCCUGUAACUUAUAUUAAUCAUCCACGCUUUGCUGGUCUUCUCGACAAGGCCAAGGAGAUCUACGGCUACUGCUCCGGUGCCCCAGGUCCGCUGAAGCUUCCUUGCACGGUGGAGGAGUUCAUCCAUGUCAAGUCGCUCGUCGAGCGCGAGUCCGGUUGCAGUCAGUAGUCCUUCUCCUUGUCCCCUUGCCUUCGAUGGAAAAAUAGGCAUAUGUUAACUGGAGUCAUCGUUUCCAUAGCUCCGAUGCAGCCAUGAGGUCUACCAGUAUGUGUGAGCUGGAUGCAUCAGUUCUGCUACAGAUGCAGACAUGCAUGAGAACUGUAAUAAAGAGCAGUACUCCAUCAGA